AUGGCCAGCACCAGGGCUAGUCAUGAAACCACCUCGAAGUCAUGCACGACUUCAACAACCAACACCAUGUGUGGCAGCUACUACGGACGCUGCGGCUACGGAGGCUGCGGCUACGGAGGCUGCGGCUACGGAGGCUGCGGCUACGGAGGCUGCGGCAACGGAGGCUGCGGCUAUGGACGCUGUGGCUAUGGAGGCUAUGGCUACGGAGGCCUGGGCUGUGGCUCUGGCUCUAGCUACGGCUGUGGCUUCCGCAGACUGGGCUGUGGCUCUGGCUGUGGCUGUGGCUGUGGCUAUGGAUGCGGCUGUAGCUACGGCUCUGGCUUUGGCUGUUACUAUUGA